AGCACGUGUAGUGUUUGCGCGUAUGUGAUUGUGCCACUGCUAGAAAAAAAAAACAAAAAAACAACGAAAAUAUCCGUACCUGUACAUACUAUCCAUUCACGUCCGUUCAUCCAAACAUUAUCAACUGCGACGGUGAAGCCCAGCAACCGAAGAAGAAGAAGAAGAAAGAACUUCGGUAGACGAAAUGGGUUACGCUAUGAGCAGACUGGAGACUGAAUCUGAACUCUGUGAUGGUGGCAAGACCAUUCCUGAGGCUGGUAGCAGCAAGAGAGCCAGCAAUUGGUUGAAUAACUUAGACCAUGAAAUUGCUCAGGUUACGAAGUUGAAAUCUAGUCCGCAUAAACAGCUGGCCGAACUUGUUCCCGGCAUGCAUAAGUCAUCUGUUUCCACUGUUAAGAUGUUGGUUGGUCGAGAAGCUAAUUAUUCAGCAAGGGGAAGAUUCUCUGCAGCUGAUCGUUGUCACAUGCUUAGCAGAUAUUUGCCUGUCAAUGGACCUUGGCUUGUUGACCAGAUGAGUACCCGAGCCUAUGUCUCGCAGUUUUCAGCUGAUGGCUCUCUAUUUGUUGCUGGGUUUCAGGGAAGCUAUAUUAGAAUAUACAAUGUGGAGAAGGGGUGGAAAGUUCAGAAGAACAUUCUUGCCAAAAGUUUGCGUUGGACUGUUACCGAUACAUCUCUUUCCCCAGAUCAGCGCCAUCUCGUUUAUGCAAGCAUGUCACCUAUUGUCCAUAUUGUUGAUGCUGGGUCUGCCGAAACAGAGUCGCUUGCAAACGUUACGGAGUUUCAUGACGGAUUGGACUUUUCUUCUGGUGAUGGGGGCUAUUCUUUUGGAAUCUUCUCUGUGAAAUUUUCCACUGAUGGGCGAGAACUUGUUGCAGGAAGUAAUGAUGACUCCAUAUAUGUCUACGACCUUGAACAAAAUAAGCUCUCCCUCAGAAUUUUGGCACACACGUCUGAUGUUAACACUGUAUGUUUUGCUGAUGAAAGUGGCCACCUUAUCUUUUCUGGGAGUGAUGAUAAUCUUUGCAAGGUGUGGGAUAGACGCUGCUUUAUUGCAAAAGGGAAGCCAGCUGGAGUCCUAACAGGACACUUAGAAGGCAUAACAUUUAUUGACAGCCAUGGAGAUGGUCGGUAUUUUAUCUCAAAUGGUAAAGAUCAGACUAUCAAACUUUGGGAUAUUCGGAAAAUGGCCCCUAAUGCUACUAGCUAUUCAGGGCUUAGGAAUUAUGAAUGGGACUACAGGUGGAUGGACUACCCAUAUGAGGCAAGAGAUUUGAAACACCCCUGCGAUCAAUCAGUAGCCACAUAUAAAGGUCAUUCGGUUCUGCGCACUCUUAUCCGCUGCUACUUUUCUCCUGUAUAUAGUACUGGCCAGAAGUACAUCUACACUGGAUCUCAUGAUUCUUGUGUUUAUAUUUAUGACUUGGUGACUGGAGAACUAGUUUCAUUACUACAACAUCAUAAAUCACCUGUAAGAGAUUGUAGUUGGCACCCAUAUUAUCCCAUGCUCGUCAGCUCUUCUUGGGACGGAGAUGUCGUAAAAUGGGAGUUUCCUGGCAAUGGAGAAGCUCCAGUCCCUUCAACCAAGAAGAGAAUUCGAAGGAGACAAUUUGAUUGAAAGCACACAAUAACUGCAGUAAAUUCCACCAAUCCAAUUAUAUAUAUAUAUAUAUAUAUAUAUAUAUAUAUAUAUAUAUAUAUAUAUAUAUAUAUAUAGAGAGAGAGAGAGAGAGAGAGAGAGAGAGAGAGUAAUGCUAUCUUAGCAAGAUCUUUUUCCCAAAUUCACUUCCCAAAAAAUUUCAACCAUCGGAUUUAUGUGAUUAACUAGUGUGAUCGACUUGCAUGAACUCUCAUUGGAUGCUUGAAAUCUUUCGGGAAGUGAAAUUUGGAAAGAAUAUUUGAUAAGAUUGGCAUUAUGUGUGAGUGGAUACCGGAUUUCUUCUUUUUCAUGUUCAAAUUGAUGUAAAUUAGCAUGUAUUAUGAUUUCUUGAUCAUAUUACAUCCACAAUAUUAGAUUGUACAUAAAUAACCACCAGUGCGGGGGUUUAGAUUUUUGACCCUCACGCAUUUUAUGAA